AACGGCAACUCACGUGCAUGUCGCGUGCUCGAAACAGCUGAUCGUCUGCUAGUUCGCUGCUCCCACUCAUAUGCGAAAACAUGGUGAAAGUAGCGUGGGUACCAACGAUACAAGCGUUUUACAUCGUACGGACGUACACGUACUUGAUGUCCCACAGAAUGUGCCAUGACGUUUUAACUUAACACGUGAUCGUUCUAGGCCAAUGGAAAUACAGUAUUCAAGACAGAGGUAUAACAGUGAUUAUGUAAACACAUAAUCAAUUUGUCGCGGCGUGAGUUACGAAAACACUUUUGCAAAGGUAAAAUAUUACAAUCUUAUCCAGCCAAUAUACAGUAUCACAUUUCAUAAUAAUGUAAGCGAAAUAGGAAAAAAAGGAUGUUUUUGAAGUGGAGUGGAUGUAUUAACUCAUAGCGAACGUUUAACUACGUAACACACGUUUUAUUUAAAAACACAAAGUACACGAUAUACAUCCAUUACUGUAUCGAAUCAGGAUACAGGAAGACAGUUCCCAUCCAGGGGUUACUGUUAAAAGUAACCCCUGGGGACGAGGUUGGGACACAUUGGAUUACUCGUACCCAGUGUUUUAGUUCGGAGGCGUUGGUGACGACAAUUCUCUCCUGUGAGUAAAAGAAUGCAAGACAUGGGUAGCCUUCGAACUCAGUCUGCCAUCACAGCGUUUAAAAAAAAAGGUUAAAAAUCGAUUUAAAACAUCAUGCCGGAACUUCUUGUUAUCAUUGUAAAUGGUCAGUGGUUUUACGUCUGUUAAACGGAUAAUGUUGUUAUAUUUUAAUUGUAAUAUACAUUUUUUUGUCUUUUUGGGUGGACUUCAAUAAAUAUUCUGAAGCGAUUAAAAACGUAAUUGAUUAUCAUGUUGAAAUCGAGUAUUGUAAUAUUGUAAUAAUGGUGUAUUCUAUACACACUUCUUUUUUCUUUCCAGUUUUGGGGUAUAUUAUACCUAUUUGUUUUCAAAACGCAUUAAUACAACAAUUUGAAGGGGAAAAGGUGAUAACGUUGCACGGUCAUGAAAAUUUAUAGAACAUAUAACAGCCUUUUCUAAACUACGUCGAAACUGCCUUUUGGUAACCAUGAGAGGGCGGCAUUCCAAAAAGGUUAAACAAAGUUCACUCGCUUUUUACUUUAUAAUACAGUCUAUGAUUAUUGUCAACCAAAUUACUCUGGAUAUGACCGAAUACUAAACUGUUUAUGGAGAACAACAGACAAUCCCCGUGAAACGUAUGAACCAUCGAAUGCAACAUGGUUCACCGCACACAACUGCAAAGCAAUCGCAGCUUGAAGGCCAAAUAAUACGUGGUGGUUGUAUGAAUACUAUAGAGAGUUUGAAUAAAUACUGCACUUUUGGUGGUUUGAGGUGAUAUUUAAUGGUGACAGAGGACAAGUUCUCUUUGGUAUGAAACUUGGUGAACCAACUGUGCCAUGUCAAUGGAGUGGACGGUCGUGGCUCCUCCGAAAUCGACACAUCGGCGUCUCUGCGUCAUAUUGGUCGCCUUGUGUUUCCUGUGCACACUGGGUCUGUCCUUACUCAGCUCCGGUUACCGGAAGCCAUUCGUUGUUAGGUAUCCACAACGACCUCCGACUGCUCUGAGCGGUCGGCAAAAUAACACCGUCAGAGAACAAACAAGAACAGAACAAAAUUCCGACAAGCCAAAAAGCGAUUCAGUGGACGGGCAGGAGCGAGUCCAAUUGGACCGCAAGAGGGCGCUCGACCGAGUCUGCAAGAAGCACCCUGAGCUAAUGAAAGUCAGCAGAAUUAAAAAGAAGACAACACUGAAGAGUCUGAUGGUCAUGAACAAAAGCAAGAUUCUGUACUGUGUUGUCCCUAAGGUUGGAUGCACUAACUGGAAGCGCGUCUUUGCAGUCUUGGAAGGACAUCGCCCCUCGAUGAAUAUAUCCUCGGCUCAAGUCCAUUUCAAUAACUCUAUACAGAAACUUUCGUCUCUUCCCUCCUCCAAAAUCGGCCAGGCUCUGCAAGACUACAAAAAGUUCUUCUAUGUUCGCCACCCGUUCGUCCGUCUGGUCUCCUUCUACCGCAACAAGCUUGCCGGCAGCCAGCUACAAUGGCAGCGCUUCGCCAGAUCAAUCGUUCAGAGGUACCGCAAUGUGGCGCCCUCCGGGCUCGACUCGGCGAUCGCGAGGGGCCGGAGUAACUCGAACGUGACGUGGGAAGAAUGGAUCGCUUAUCUGACCGACCCGUCCAACCUGGACGGUUUUAAUGCCCACUGGAAAGAAGUCUACAAGCUCUGCUCUCCUUGCCGAGUGCAUUAUGAUUUCAUAGGCAAGCUUGAGACCGUAGACUCGGACUCCAAGUACAUGUUUAAAUUGUUUGGCCUCCACAAUGCGACCUACCCAUCUUAUAGUCGGUCCAAUGUGAGCAGCUCAGACUUAUACGAGCAGUACUUUUCCCGAGUUGAGCUAAAGGACCUUCAGAGGUUGUGGGAGAUAUACAAACUCGAUUUUGAACUAUUUGGUUACCCCAAGCCGAAGGAACUGAACAAAUAUAUUCCAAAGUCUGGAAUUCGUUGGAGAAAUCCUCACAAGAUUUAACAUGACUGUACCUAUUUAUUGAAACUAAAUUUAAAGUGCUCGUUGUCACCAUGCUGUCAAAUGGAAUAUUUUUAAUUGUUGGUUGGUUAUUUGUGAUUUAUGUUAUCAUCUUGGGAUUAAAUCAAAUCGUUGUUGUGGAUCAUGCACAAUCCAAUUUUAUCGAAUUGUUAUGGCUUAUAUUUUAAGAACCUAGCGUUUGCGUCAAUGUACAUAUUUAUUUGAUUUCACCCUCAGUUCACAACUUUACUUACUUGAUCAUCCCCCAAACUUUUUUGCGGUAACGUGAGAAACAAAAUAGGCAGAUUGAGGUAUUUUUUCGAACUUCCCAACAACCAAAAUGUAUUCAAUAGUACCAAAAAAGGGAGAAAAAGGGCACAAGAGCUUUAAAUGCGCCGUUUUAUGUAAGGUUAAGGGGCGUAAGUACAAGCUAGUAUACAUAAUAGAUGCAUAUCUGUAUCAUGAACAGCGCCCCUAGUGUCAUGUGGUAUCCAGCAAG